AUGCCCGGUGGAUUCAUGUUGAACACCCCAAGUCCAUCUGCUACAGUUGAAGCUGUGAAAAGAAGACAGACUACGCCGAUCGACCGGGAUACAACAUUCUCUGCCUACCUCGACAUUUUGCUACCGCCGAAGAGAAAUAUCAUUCAAAAGAAAUUUGAUGAUAACGAUGGGAUCCCGUGGUCGGAGGAGAGAGUGGUCCGCCGGGUGCUCUACCUCUCACUUAAAGAGUUUAAGACGGCUCAGAAGAGCAAAGUGGAGAAUGGCACUGGAAUAGUUAAUGGCUCCUUUGCAAAUGGUCAUUUGAAUGGUUCGGGACCUAAAGCUGGGCUGUUCGCUGGAAGCUGUAAGUCAGACCGGACACAACAUGCAGUUCAGAGCAAAGACUGCAGCCAUGAGUACUCAAUAGAGGGGCCUGUCAGAAAGAGGCCAAGACUGCAGGCUCAGAGGAAGUUUGCUCAGUCUUAUCCCUCUUCUCCCAAUGCCACCCCGCUGAAAAUGCUGGAGGCCAUGCCCCCGAGCCCAGCCAUGCUCAACCAUCUCACAAGACGCAAACCCAAAACCGAAGACUUCCUUACCUUCCUCUGCCUAAGAGGCUCUCCUGCGUUGCCCAGCAACAUGGCAUACUUUGGUAGUGCUAAAGAUGAUGAAGAUGUAGAUGAGGAAGAGGAAGAGGAAGAGGAAGAAGACAGUGUUAGCAAUGCCCCUGCUUCCUGCCAGUCCACUCCACGCAAGAGCAAAGGACCCAACAAAUGCAUCGCCAAUGGUCAUGUAUUUAAUGGACAGACACGAGCUACUGAGGAACACAAGAGCAGUUUAAGGGCCAGAGGGAGAGACCAUGGGAAGGAGAAGAAUUCUGUAGCAUCAGCUAGGACCUCCACUACACACAAUCUGCGACCCAACAGGGCUGUACGAGAACAAAAACAACAGCCCUCCAAAAUGAACAGAACAUCAGGAGCAUCCGCUGUCAGUUCUAGGAAGACGAGAGAACUCCGUAGUCCCACGACCAAAGCUGUGAAAUACCCCAAGGGCCACGUGACUUACACCAAAGCCAGACUGCUCAAAGAGGCCAAGCUCAGCCUGAGCACACAUACACGCCACACCCACACACACCCUCAGCACUCUAACUCAGGAAAAGCCCAAACCAGCCACGCCAAGAUGCAAAAACAGGUGCUAUCACCAGCAACCGCUGGGAGGCUGUGUGGGACGGACACUUUCCCACCCAGACGAAAUGGACUGAGACAGUCAAAGAGGCAGUUGGAGUUAGCCGGGGAUAGUCUGACCAGAGCAGAGGCCGAGGUUAAGAGGGUCAAAGUGCAAGUGGUUCCCUUGGAGACGCGGAGUAGGAAAGCAGCUCAGGAGACGCCGGUGAGAUCGCAAAUGGCAGGAUCACAACGGCCCAAACGGGCCUCGGCAGGGAAGCUCAUGUUCACUAAACAGAUGCACUGUAAAGCCACCGCUCUGGCCAAGAACAGCCCCACUACCUCAACACGAGACAUUUUGAAGCCAGCCAACUCCCCCAAAAUAUCAGAGACCCCCAAAACAAGCAAUUCUCUAAAACAAGGCAAUCCUUCUAAUACGACUGAGCCCAUCAACCAAGCUGAGCCUAAAGAGCGAGGCCGGCGCAGCGCGGAGGUCACGGAGGUUCCCGUUUUCUGUCCCAGCACAUGCGACUUCCACGACCUGUUGACUUACAUGGAGUUUGUGCGGGGGCAAGCGGAGGCGUAUGGGUUGUACCGGGUUGUUCCGCCGGCAGAUUGGCGUCCUGAGUGUAAGCUUAAAGAGGAGAUGCGCUUCGUCUCGUACGUGCAGCAUGUGCACAAGCUGGGCAGACGCUGGGGCCCAAAUGUACAGCAACUGGCCUGCAUCAGGAGACACCUGCGGACACAAGGCAUUAAUAUGGAAGAGCCUCCACUUAUAGGGGGCUGUGAGCUGGACCUGGCCAGAUUCUUCCGGAUCCUCAAUGAAAUGGGGGGAAUGCAGCAGGUCACAGACCUGAAGACGUGGGGCCGUCUCGCCGAUCUGCUGGGCAUCCCGCGCUCGGCUCAAGAUCGGCUGGCCAAGCUCCAGGAGGCGUACUGCCAGUACCUGCUCUCCUACGACUCUCUGUCCCCAGCCCAGAGGGCCCAGCUGGAGAAGGAAGUGCUGGCGGAGAAAGAGGCCCUGGAGAGAAGAAGUGGGCCCUUAGAGGGCCAGGGAGACAUAUCCCAGCAUGCCGCUCUGCUGCUUCCACGCUGCGAGCCCAAAAAUGGGCUGGUGAAUGGAGCGUUGCACCGCAGCAGAGCGCGUGAGCACCUCAGAGAGCUGGACCCCACGGCAAAGACCACCCGGCCGAGAAGACUAGAGAAGAGAGGGGAGGAUGAAGGGGUGAUAAAUGAACAUUACAAGUGCAUACACAGGGGAAAGUCGUUCUCGCUGACGACAUUCUACAGGGCAGCCAGGAACACUAUGAACACAUGCUUCAGCAAAGAGCCAGACACUGCUGAAGUUGAGAGGGAGUACUGGAGACUGGUUGAGGAAAAGGAAUGCCAUGUUGCUGUGCACUGUGGGAGGGUUGACACAAAGACUCAUGGGAGUGGAUUUCCUGUGGGAAAGUCUGAGCCAUUUUCAAAGCAUGGAUGGAAUCUUACCGUCCUUCCCAAUAGCUCAGGAUCCAUCUUACGUCAUCUUGGUGCUGUGCCAGGAGUGACCAUCCCCUGGCUGAACAUAGGCAUGGUCUUUUCUACCUCAUGCUGGUGUCGGGACCAGAACAGCCUUCCGUAUAUCGAUUACCUACACACUGGUGCUGACUGCAUUUGGUACUGUAUUCCAGCUGAAGAGAAAUCAAAACUUGACAAAGUAGUACACACACUGCUACAGGCUAACGGCACUCCAGGGCUGGAGAUGCUAGAGAGGAACAUUAUGAUUUCUCCAGAGGUGCUCCGUCGAAAGGGAGUUAAAGUGUACCGGACUGUGCAACAGAGUGGCCAGUUCAUGGUAUGUUUUCCAGGGACCUUUGUGUCUAAGGUGUGUUGUGGCUACAGUGUCUCAGAGACCGUGCACUUCGCCAACCCCCAGUGGAUGAAGCUGGGCUACGAGGCAGCUAAGGACCUUAAACGGCGUCGUAUCGAGGAGCCAUUCUCCACAGAGAAACUGCUCUACCAGAUCACUACAUGUGAGCGGGACAACAAGCAGCUCAUGAAUGCAGUCUCCAGUCUCAUCAAAGAUCUCAGGGAUUCAGAGAUUAGCCAGCGCAGGGAUCUGUUCGAGGCCGGGCUCCGUCUGUCUGCACGCUAUGGCACACACUGCGAGUCUCAAGCAGACAAGAAGCAGCAGCGCUCCAGAUUUACAGAAGACACGGCUGACAGGCGCUGCCAAGUGUGUCAGCAUCUGUGUUACCUCUCCAUGGUUGUUCACGAGAGUGACAAUGUGGUUUUCUGUCUGGAAUGUGCUCUACGAUACAUCCAGAAGCGCAGGUCCCCCCGUGGCCUCAAGAUGAUGUUUCGUUACACUGAGGAGCAGAUCAGCGGUCUGGUGAAUCGAGUGUGUGGCAGAGUACUGGAGAAGAGUGGAGUGAAGCAGAAAGCCGUGGGCACCAGCAAGACACCAGCAAAACGAAGCCCCAGAAACAAGAGCUCCGCCCUGAUCCCCCUCUCCAGCGCCGCCUCAAAGAACACCGGCCGCUCCUAACCAGACCGUCAGCGACAUUCCUCCGGGUCUCCUUUUAUAUCAGGUGUUCCUAAUACUUGUGUACAAACACUCUUCAAUACUCUUUGUACCUAGUGUAUAAUAUAUCAAUACAACAAGCUGUUAUAUUGCACUUUUGUAUUACAGAUCCGUGUAGUUACUGGCUGGUUAGUCCAAUAUAUUGAAUGUACAGAGGUUAAAUGUUACAUCGCAUUUCACGUCAAAUAUAAGGGGGCGAAUACACAAUUGUUUGGGGCACCUGACAUAAGGCUAUUGGGUCUCAUCCAUCAAGCACGAAACCUUUUGCACUAGUGUUGAGAUUGGUUUUUAGAUGAGUAUUUUCGGGUUGUUUUAGCAUUAAAUCGAGUAUAGAUAUGCGUAUACAUAGAUAUAAAUAUAUCCUAUACGAUUCCUAUCAUUUGUGUUUAACUGGUGCUGUAGUGACACUUUUCUCCAUCACCCUUAUGGCCUGGUUGUCUCUUGGGCUCACGUUUAUUACAUCUUAAAGCUGUCAGGAACAAGAACCAAAAUGCCCACACUUAUAAAAUAAUAAUAAAUAUUAUAAAAUAAUAAUUGCGGGCUUGACACUUUUACAUAGAUUUGACACUUGAAGGAGCCUGCAAACGUUUCUGAUGCCACCGAUAAGAGAUUUCCUUUGGGAAUUCCCACCUGGAGAUCUCAAGGAACCCCCUUCUUUUAAAAGCACAUUCUGAGGCCUUUUAAUAAAAAUCUUUGAAGUACAAAUAACAAGUUUGAUGCUGAGGGCAGUUUGUACUUGUUUUUAAAGUUACUACGUCAAUUGUAAAUGCACUUUCCCUUUUAUCCCACAAACUUUUGCCCCCGACUUUAUAUUUGUAACUGGUUACCAGUGUUUCUUGAAAAUGCUCCACCUGUUUUGCCGUUAAGAAUGAAAUCUUUAAAUAUCCUUUUAAUUUUCAUAGAAAUAUUAUUGCGAAAUACUAAUAUCUAUCCAAAAAAGCCCCAAAUAUGUUUCUAUGCCAGUAAAUGUUAAAUUGAGCCUUUGAGUUCGGGUCUCUAGGGGUUUGGAUGAGAAGGUCGAGAUGAAGAAAAAGCCUUACUUCUACAUUGGUUUCUUCAUUGAUAUAAAUUAGAUGUUAACAGGGUUGCUACAAAAAACAUACAAAAAAUAAGUGCUGCUUAAAUCACUGAGAAGUAUGUCAUAGUGGUGAUCCCUAGUUUUUUAGCUUUACUUUUUUUAUUCAAAAGGAAAAGUCUUUUACCCAAAAGUAAAGUAUUGUGUAUGCCUAGCUACCCAUUGCACUGACUGUAUCAAAGUCCUGUAAUCAAACAUGGUAGUCGCCCCUUUCCAAAUGACUGAUUUGUAUUAAAGGUUUAAAUAAACUGAACAGUGUUUCC